AUGUCAAACUCGGCGGGAUCGCCGGGUUCUUCAUCGGAUAAUUCAACGGGAGAUAACUCGCCGCCUAGCCCCGGUGGUGAUUCAUCCAAGUCAUCUGAGCAGGGGAAAGCGCCUCCGCCUCAAAGUAAUAACAAUAGUGGUUCUAAUAAUAGUAAUAAUAAUAAUAACAAUUCUACCGCACCUUCCCCGCAAAAGAGCCCUUCUUCGCCGCCUCCUUCAAAUUCUGAAAAAAAUAAAAAUCCUCCACCAAAUCAGUCACCGCCUCCUAAAAAGUCCUCACCUCCACCAUCUCCGCCGCCAUCAUCUCCACCACCGUCUUCCGCCCCACCAUCACCACCACCGUCUUCACCAAAAAAUUCUCCUCCUCCCGCUUCACAACAGUCCCCACCUCCUCCACCCGAUCAAGCAUCUCCUCCUCCUCCAGCUGAGGGAAAAAAUACGCCAGCUAAUCCGGCACCAUCGAAUGGAACAGCCGAAUCUGGAGGUGCCAAAUGGAACCCGCCUCCAACACAAGCUACUCUUACACCUCCAUCUUCAUCAACUACUCCUGGAAUCACUCCACCAACCACUAAUCCAUCAGCAACUGCACAAGGUCCACUAACAUCUUCCAACUCUGCUAAUACUAAAACGCCAUCAGGAUCAUCCUCAACUACUGAUUCUUCUUCCAGUUCCAAGACAGACAGCACACCUUCAACGACAUCGAACUCAUCGUCAACAAGUGGAGUUAAUGAAAGCACUAUUAUUGCUGCAACAGUAGCCGGUAUGCUUGCUGUUGUAUUUAUUGCCAUAUUUUUUGUGGCGAGGCGGAAGAAAAAGAGACGCGACCCCUAUCCCAGCCAUUACAGGCCUCCCAAAAACUUUCCUGAAAAAACAGACGGAUAUUACUAUGGUCAGCCAUACAUGAUGGCACAUUCUGGACCAAUGGAUCCCUACUAUGGUAACCAAAAUCACCCAUCUCCUAUAGGAAGCUAUGGGGGGUCGGACUCUGGCGUCAUAAGCGGAUCCAAGAGCUUGUUUAACUAUGAAGAAGUGAUGAAAAUGACCAAUGGAUUCUCCCGUGAAAGUGUUAUCGGUGAGGGGGGCUUUGGAUGUGUUUAUAAGGGAAAACUGCCAGAUGGAAAAGAGGUGGCUGUCAAACAACUCAAGGCUGGCAGCGGACAGGGGGAAAGAGAAUUCAAGGCUGAAGUUGAGAUUAUCAGUCGUGUUCAUCAUCGACAUUUAGUGUCUUUGGUGGGAUAUUGCAUUGCUGAUCGUAAUAGAUUACUCAUCUAUGAGUUUGUUCCGAAUAACACUUUGGAGCAUCAUUUGCAUGCUAAAACUGUGCUAGAUUGGCCCAAAAGACUCAAGAUUGCUAUAGGGGCCGCAAAGGGUUUGGCAUAUUUACACGAAGAUUGUCAUCCGAAAAUCAUUCAUAGGGACAUUAAAUCCGCAAACAUUCUGUUGGAUAAGGAUUUUGAAGCACAGGUUGCAGACUUUGGACUUGCCAGACUAAACGACACCACUCAGACCCAUGUCUCAACUAGAGUAAUGGGGACAUUCGGAUAUUUAGCACCAGAGUACGCAUCAAGUGGCAAAUUGACAGAUAGAUCAGAUGUAUUCUCAUUUGGCGUUGUACUUCUAGAGCUUAUAACUGGGCGUAAGCCAGUUGAUCCAACUCAGCCUUUGGGGGAAGAGAGUUUGGUUGAAUGGGCUCGUCCUCUACUUGUGCGGGCUCUUGAAACAGGUGAUUUUAGCGAAUUAGCUGAUCCAAGGCUUGAAAAACAUUAUGUGGAAGCUGAAAUGUACAGAAUGAUUGAGGCAGCUGCUGCAUGUGUUCGCCAUUCUGCUCCAAAGAGACCCCGCAUGGUUCAGGUUGUGAGAGCAUUGGACAGUGAUGGAGAAAUGUCGGAUCUAAGCAAUGGGGUGAAAUAUGGGCAGAGCAAUAUUUAUGAUUCCGAACAGUACAAUCAUGACAUUGCGAUAUUCAGGAAAAUGGCACUAGGGGAAGACAGUUCUGAAGUCAGUGAAGAUUACUCAUCCAGGGAAAUGACAAUGCCAUAUUCAAACAAAUCCGGAAACAAUUCAACUGAACUCUCCAGUGCUGAGUCGGAAACUCGAGCCAUGAAUGAUUCUGGAGAGCAUAAAUACGGUGGGCAUCAGGCGCACUAUGGUGGUCAGCUAUAAUUCAAAGGAAUUCCUCAUGUAACACCACCUAAAUUCCACUUCUGACUUGAUAAAUUAUAUGAUUGAGCUGCAUUUCCUUCACUUGGUCAGAAUUGUACAACAAAUUGCAUUCUUUAGUUCCUUCAAAAAAUUCAGCGGAAGCUUGUAAAGUGUGAGUUCAAAUCUUUUUUUUUUUGGGUGAUUAAAUCCAUUGGCAUUAGACAGGUUCAGUUUAAGUUACCUCUUCAGAAAUUUAUUACUGUGAUGAAAGUUUGAUUUUACAGCAACAUGAAACUAUACAUAUUACUACAUC